CGUAGUGAAGGCCUAAAGACAGUGACUUUCUUCUUCCACUCCUUUAUUCCCACACAGACGGUGAACGGGUGAAGACGAAGAAAAACACUGCCACCACUCUCUCUCCCUCUCUCUCUCUCUCUCUCUCUUUCUGCGUUUGAAUCUUGCUGCUCGCUUUUCUGAGAAACAAAAUGAUGGGAUUUGGGGCUUAUGGUAAUGGGGGAUCUUAUUCAUCAUCGUCUUCUUCCAAUUUAUCGGCUUCAGCCCCACCUUUUACAGUCGAUCGGUCGAUUCCAAAAACCCCUUCAAACCCACUUGUGGAUUUGACCGAACCCUCUUAUGCUGCCCCUUUGAAUUCUUCUCUGCAUAAUUGGCUCCCUACUGUCUCUCCCACUUCGGCUUCCAAGCUAUUUUCAAACCCCAGCUUGGAAUUUAGUUCAGUGCCUUCUACAAAUGCAUAUAAGUAUGGAGGAUUGAGAAACGCUGAAUCCUCCAAUUCCCAUUUACCUCCUUUGAACACAGUUGCCCCAGCUGCUACCAAUGCAUUUACAUAUGGCCAAUGCUCAGAUAGUGUCGGUACUGGCUACGUUGAAGCAGAGCCAUAUUAUCCCUCUUUUCUAUCGCCUGCAAUGAGAAAUGAUAGUUCUCUGGUGAUUCCUGAUCAAACCACUUAUGAUUGGUUGUCUUCUUCGAAUGUUCCCGCCUUGGAUGGUUCCUUUCAUAACGAUUAUAGUCAAAGACAAUCUGGUUCGAAGUAUGUGUCCCAGUGGGGUGGCUUGUGGAAUGGAUUGGCGGAGUGGGACCAAGGAAAACUGCAAGAAAUUGAUGGGAGUGCAUGCUCAAAGGGUGCCGAUUCACCUGCUUCAUCAGUAUACAGGAAUUACAUGAACCAAGAUGCUCAUGCACUGAAGAGCCUGAAUACCUGUGCUGAAGUAACCCAUGGCAUCAGCAUGCUUGGUGGACCUGUGAAUUCAGGAAAGUUAGAAGGUAAAUCUUUCCUGGGGCAAGAUCCCAACUUCAUCCCGGUUGACUAUUCAAGAUCUCUCUUGGAAUCGCCUGCAGGAUUUCCAGAGACCCACCAUGAGUCUCUAUCUUUAGAAUUCCUCCCCAGUUCAAGGAAUAGUCAAAUACCCUUUGGUACUUUACAUGAAAAAAAAGACUUGAGACAAAAUGAUGCUAGUCUAAAUGAUAGCAUAUCCAUUUCAAAGUCUUCCCCUGCCCCCGUUGUCAGGCCACCAGUUCUUGUCCCCACUUCCUUGGCACUGAAUGCUGCUCCAGUUGAAACUGUGAAUUUAGGAAGUGAUGCUGAGACAGAUCUUCACAGAAGCAAUUCCUUUAAUAUAAAAGAGAUCCAUUCCCCUAUGGUCUCGGAAUGCAAAGUUCUCUUCGAUCCUAGCCAACUCAGCAUACAUCUAGAAAGAAAUAAUCCUGUCUCUUGGGAAUUGCCUUUGACUAAAACCAGAGAGAUAGUAAAUAAAGAGAGUAUCAAUAAUGAUUCAUUGAAUCAUAUUUUGAAAGCAAAAUCUGGACUUCAGAUUUCUGAUUUAACUGUUGAUGGAUUCAAUUUGGACCUUAAUAUUAUUGAUACCAUCAAUUCUAUCGAAGAUUCUUCUGAAACUGUUGAUCAGUAUAACCCCUCUGUGGAUUCUCCAUGCUGGAAAGGAUCUUCACUUUCUCGUUUCUCUCCAUUUGAGGCACCUGCUGUUUUACCACAACAAAUGAAGAAUCUAGACAAUAGUUUGAAUGUUCAGGCCAAAAAGGUCUCCUCACUCAGUCCCGACAAUAAAGUCUUCUCUCAGAAGCCAAGUGAGACCAUGAUGUAUCAUGAAUCUGGGUGUUCAGAAAAUAGUUCAACAUUUCCUAUGAAUAUACGUUCAGUUGCAAAUUCAGUAUUUGAAGACAACAUAUCAGAUGAUACUGUGAAGAACAGCUACCAUUUGGAAACUAGAUGUGGUAAAGAGUUUCAACAUUCUGAUGAUGCCCAUGGACAUGGAAGCAGGUCAAGUUGUUCUGACUUAAAACAUUCUCCAAUUACACAACAAGGUCUUGAGGAUGAAUUGGUGUCAGAAAAUAACAAUGGAACCUUGGAACAUGAUUCAUCCCCUUUGCAUUUUCAUGAAGCUGUGGAAACGGUCCCUUCUGUUCCUGUAGAAGAUGCUGGUACCAACCUUACCAAAUCAAAUGGAGAACAACCAACUCUAACGACUAAUGUCCCAGGGCUAGUUAAUAAAAUGUGUAGCUUAUCAGAGUUGCUACUGUUACAUUGUACAAAUGGUUUGUGUGAAUUGAAACAAAAAGACCUUGAGGCCGUUAAGAGUGUGAUAAACAAUCUCAGUAUGUGCAUGUCAAAGAAUGUUGAGCAGGGAACUCUGAUACAUGACUCAACUUCUUCCCAGAAAAACAUUUCCGAAUCAAAUGAGGUUCACAAGAGUAUUAGUGAUGGGUCCCAAAUGACGGACAUUGACUUUCAGGAUGAGCUUGAUCUUCUGAGUGACCAUCAGGGCAACAGGCAUUGUGUCUCUGGUAAGAAACAUGACAAGAAAUCAUAUUCUUGUGCUGUAAGGGAUGAUCUUGACAUGGUAAAAGAAGAGAAAAUGACUCAGGCUUUAAAGAAGGUUCUUAGUGAGAAUUUUUAUGAUGAGGAGGAAACAGAGUCUAAAACUCUGUUGUAUAAGAAUUUAUGGCUUGAAGCUGAAGCUACCUUGUGUUCCAUCAAUUGCAAAGCUCGCUUCAACCGCAUGAAAAUGGAAAUGGAGAAGUCUGAGUUGCUCAAAUCUGAAGAUGUGUGUGAAAAUACUACGGUUAUGAAGAAACCAUCAGGGUCAUCUAGGUCUGAGGUUUCUUCUGAUCCAAACACAGUUGACGUGUUCUCACCUCAGGAUGAGGAGUAUCUGCUCAAAGAAACCCAGUACUCAUCUAUGAGAAACAUAACUAGCCAAGCUGAUGAUGUCAUGGCCAGAUUUCAUAUCUUGAGGUGCCGGGUUGAAAACUCAGAUUCCUUGAAUGCUGCCAAUCUGGAUGAACCAUCAAGCUCAAAGAUUUUUCCUGAUCCCAAUAAGGCUGACAAAAUACCAUUUGAAGAACAGAAAGCAAAGGGUAGCUUGAAGUCUGAUGGUUCCAUACAGGAAUCUAUCAACUUUGGCACAAAGAACUUCACAAAUGAUUUUGAGGCUUCUGUUAUGGAUAGAUUCCAUAUCCUUAAAUCCAGAGAUGACAACAGUAGUUCCAUUUGUACAGAAGCACAAGAAGUGCCAGAAGUUGUUGAUCUUGGAUAUGUUGGUAAGAGAAACCAUAAGCCUGUUAUUGGCCGAAGAUUAGAGGAGGGAAGGUCCGAUUUAAAAAUGGAUCCUAUAAUUCAGCAUAACUCUGGCAACAGCACCGAAGGCAAAUUAACAGUGAAAGAAUUCCAUCUGUUUGUUGAUGAAGAUCCAUUGGUACAAUCUCGCAGCAGCAGCGAUAGGUCUGGGAAUCAGCUACUUGGAGGUUGGGAUUGGGAACAUGUAAUGAAGGAAGAGCUUGGAGGAAAGAAUCGAUGAACCUGUUGCUGAGACUUUGAAUCUUGCAGAGGGAUGAAAUAAUUUCUCUUAUCUUGUUGCUAGACAUAUAUUAGCCAUCCUUGUAAAUAAUAUUUACCUCUAUAUUUUUGUACAUUUGGACAUGUUUAAGAUUUCCAAAACUUGGAAGUGUUUUCUUAUACAUAUCACCGUUAUCGCUCUUGUUGUA